AAAAUGUCCGUCGUUCCCCCCAUAUCAUCUUGGUAGAUAAGUUCCGAGACGAGUGACCAGCAAUACAAUAAACCGCUGAGAUCCGCUCUCGCUACUUCGCUUUAACGAUUACUGCGUAGUUAUUCGCUUGGACUUGAACUGACCAGUGCAAAUAUCAAAAUGGCGAUAGAAAAUAAAAUUGCUUUGGUAACCGGAGGGGCGAACGGAAUUGGCCUGGAAUACGUUAAAGCACUCCUGCGAAAUGGGGCUGCGCACGUCGCUAUCCUUGAUUUGGCGAACUCGAACGGUGACAAAGUGGUGAGCAAACUCAACGAGGAAUUCGGAAAGGGCAAGGUGAUCUUCAUCGUCUGCGACGUGACGAAACCGGAUGAUCUGGAAGCUGGAUUCGCCAAGACUGUCAAGGAAUUCGGCGGACUCGACAUCGUCAUCAACAAUGCCGGUAUAAUGGACGACUCGCGGUGGGAACUCAUGAUCGACAUCAAUCUGAACGCCGUCGUACGCGGAGUACUGCUGGGCUUGAAGUACAUGGGAAAAGAUAACGGUGGAAAAGGAGGAACCAUCGUCAACAUCGCUUCGAUAGCUGGUCUUGUACCAGUUAGUAUUUUCCCGAUCUACGCUGCUACCAAACACGCCAUUAUCGGCCUAAGUCGGUCAUUCGGGCAACCGUAUCAUUACGAGAAAAGUGGUGUAAGAUUUGUAACGGUAUGUCCAAGCGCCACGAACACCCAACUGAUAACCAAAAGCAGUGGACGGAUCCUGAAGGGUGUCGUCGACGAAAAGGAACACUCAAGAAUGCUUUCCCAUUUUGGGGAUCAAUCGCCGGAGUUUGUCGCCAAUGAAGUGAUGAAGAUGAUUCGAAACGAGAAGAACGGCAGCGCGUGGCUAGUUGCCAAUGGGGAACCAGCGUAUGAGGUGGAUAUCCCUAACACGCCUGUGAGGAAGGCUUAAGGUGUCUUCGUGGAACUCUUUGACUUAACGAUAUUAUGUCAUGCUUAAGUAACUACUUGAAUAAAGAGAUUUUUGUUUACCCACAUGUAA